AUGCAACAAUUUCAGCGUUACUAUAAGUCGGGAACAUGUACAAUACAAAAUAGGUUCCCUCUAGGAGUUACCUCAACCAAUACCAUCAGCCAUAAAUAUUCAUUCUCUAAACCAAAAUCAAAAGCUGAGGCCAAACAAGUCGCUGCAAAGAAACACAGUGAGGCAGAGAGGAGACGAAGGAUGCGAAUCAAUGGUCAAUACGCCACUCUGCGUGAUAUCCUCCCGAACUUAGUCAAAAUGGACAAGGCGACCGUGCUUGCAGAGACGGUUCGGCAAGUGAGGGAGUUGAGGAAGACUGUUUCGGAUUUGGAAGGAGUUUGUGGUGGUAGCGGUAAGGAUUGUGUGUUCCCUGGAGGGGCUGACAAGUUGAGUUUGGAAAACGGUGAUGGUGAUGAUGACAAGGGGCUGGUCAAGGUCACAUUUAGCUGUGAGGAUAGGCCAGGGUUGAUAUCAGCCGUGGCAAGGACACUGAGGUCUAUGAAAGGGAGGGUGGUGAAGUUUGAGAUGGUAACACUAGGUGGAAGGACUAAAAGUGUGUUGUGGGUUCAAGGGCUGAGUGGUGGCAAUGAAGGGAUUGGAAUGCUAAGAAGAGCUUUGAAGGUAGUCAUUGACAGGCCCAAUUUGCCAGGGAUUAGCAAGAGGUCACGGCUCACUUGAUGAUUAUAAGACUGAAAAAAAUGGGAUGCUGAGGUAAAUUGUGUGGAAUCAGGGAGGGGGGAUUGUAUCAAUUAUAAGACUGAAAAAAAUAAUAAUAGUUAAGAUUGUAGGUAUAGGGGAUUCGGACAUGGUAGCUAGCUAGGAUUUCAUUAGGAGGCAUUAUAAUAUAAUGUAUAUCUGGUUUGACAUGGUUAACUUACUUUACCUACUUACCUUCGGUUAUAGGAAAACACCUUUAGAUUAUACAUGAAGUCCAUAGCUAUAAAGAUUCGUUGUUUAAAAGGCUGUGAUAAUAGAAUACUAAUGAAAAAUAUGCUAGUUUCUUAUUUU